AUGGCGAUGGAGUUGCGAAGGGUGGCCUCCUCUUCCAGCGAUGCUGGCCGAAAGCACCCAAAUCUUUCCGAUGAGGACCUGCAGGAGUUUCAAGAGAUCUUCAACCUGGUGGACACGGACCGAGGUGGCUCAAUUGGUACAGAGGAGCUGGCCAGGCUGAUGGAUACUCUGGGUAUCCGUACCAGCCCGGAGGAGUUGAAGCUCAUGGUCUCGGAGAUUGAUGAGAAUGGGAACGGAGAGAUCGACUUCGAGGAGUUUGUGCAGGUGAUGUGCAGGAAGGUCAACACCGACUACACGGCCGAUGAAGUCCGGAAGGCCUUCAAGGUGUUUGCUGGAAGUGCUCCGGACGGCUGCAUCCGAGUGAAAGACCUGGAGCACGCCCUGCAGGUGUAUGGGCGUGAGAAGCUGACCGCUGAGGAGGCCAAGAACCUCGUGGCGCAAAUUGAAUGUGUCGAUGGCUUCUUCAGAUACGAUGAGUAUGUCACCAUGAUGAUGUCCGAGCAUUGA